ACGGUCCGGAAAUUAGGCACACAUCCUGCUACUUCACAUCAUGUCAUUGUUUUGGCGUUGGGAUUAUUGUAUCCAUAAUUGUGUCCAUAUGCUGCUUUGAUAGUGUCUGUAGUCGAGUCGUACAUGUAGGUUAUAAACGCGAAGUUCAUAAGUUAUGGGAGUUUGCAGAAUGACGUACGUUUUGGCUCAGUGAAGGGGAAUGAAUGUGGGAGUGGCUUCGCGAUAGAGAGCGGACUACAACGACACUGUUUGAAUUGAAUAUUUAGGUCCUGUGAAUUCAACCUUCCGUGACAUACGCGCAUUGGCAUGAAAGGUACCGUCCGGAAAAGGACUGUGAUCAAGAAAGCUGGCAUUAUGGUGGAACGGGAAAGUAGCCCUUCCGAUCCCAGUGUGAGCGUAAGUGUUGUUCCUUCUGGAAGGAGAUCGUCCAGUGAUGAAAGGGUUCACCUGCGACGAGAACUCGGAUUGAUAAAAGCAAUUUCCAUCGUGAUGGGGUCUAUCAUUGGAUCCGGGAUCUUUAUCUCACCCCAAGGCGUCUUACGAGGAACACAAAGUGUCGGGCUAAGCUUGAUCAUUUGGCUUGUGUGUGGACUGGUCUCCUUGGCUGGCGCUCUAUGUUUUGCUGAGCUGAGCAUCGUCACGGGCAAAUCUGGAAGCCAGUACAUUUACCUGAAAGAAGCCUACGGUGAUAUCCCGGCAUUCCUCUACUCCUGGACCUCAAGCCUCCUCAUGCGACCAGGGGGUCAGGCCAUGGUCACGCUGGCCCUGGGGACGUACAUGGCUGAGUUCCUCGUACCCGGAGACUGUCCGGUCCCAGAUAUUCUCAUCAAGUUGUUUGCUGUGUUGGUUAUCACGUUCACGGGGUUUGUAAAUGCCGUCAGUGUCAAGUGGACAACCCACCUCCAUGUUGUUUUCACGGUGUCAAAGGUCAUCGCGUUGCUCAUUAUCGUCGCUGUCGGUGUGUGGAUGAUGAUACAAGGUCACACUACACACAUCAGUCCUAGUGUAUCCUUCCACGGCUCCAACACGAAGGUCCUGACUCUCACAGCUGCUUUCUACCAAGGCUUGUACCCGUACGACGGAUGGGGUUCUUUGAACACCGUGUACGAAGAAGUUAAAAAUCCCAAAAGAAACGUUCCUCUUGCCGCCCUUAUUGGUAUACCGGUUACCAUAGGGAUCUACAUCCUGGUCAACGUGUCGUAUCUCACUGUCCUAACACCUGAUGAGCUCAUCGCAUCUGACGCAGUCGCAGUGGCUUUUGCCGAGCGAUCUCUGGGGGUAAUGUCUUGGGUAAUACCCCUCGGUAUCUGCAUAUCUAUCUUCGGUGCUUCCAUGGGUUCUGUCUUGUCCGAUGCCAGGCUUCCGUACGUGACGAGCCGUGAAGGUCACAUGGUACACAUUCUGAGCAUGAUCAGUAUCAACAGAAGAACUCCUCUGCCUGGUAUUUGUCUGGAGGUCUUGAUUGCGCUGUUUCUGAUAGCCAUUGGUUCGUUCGACACCUUACUGUACGGUCUGAGCUUCGCUGGCUGGGGGUUCUACGGCGCAGCAGUCAUGGCCGUCCCAGUCCUCCGCUACAGACAACCCGACCGACCAAGACCCUUCAAAGUGCCCAUCAUUCUGGCGAUGUUAGUUUUCAUCUGCUCUCUGUACCUCGUUAUUUCUCCGUUCGUAAACGGACCCGACAUCGAGAUCAUCUACGCAUGUCUGUUUAUCCUGUCUGGGCUCGUCUUCUAUUUUCCUUUCGUCCACUUUAAGUUGCGGCCUCGCGUUAUGGGUCGCAUUACAGCAUUCCUGCAAAAGCUGCUGAUUGUUGUUCCCUCAGAUUAUGUGGAACCAGAGUAAAGUUAUGGAUCCUUCUGAAUAUUCAUGGUCGAUUACACUAAAGACGGGGACUUCAAAAUGGUGUAACAUUGGUUAACAUAACCAAUCAUUGGUUGAAAUAACCAACAAUUGGUUUAUAUGUGUCCAACCAAUCGAUUGGUUGGACACGUAUUAGUCAAUCAAGUUGGUUAACCCAGUCUGUUUUUAGACUGUAGAAUCAUCCAUAUCAUAAUGCAUAUUCAUGAAGGAAUUUGAACCUUGUAAAAUGCAUGCUUAAUUACGCCUGAAUUAUGAAACCAUAAAACAUGCAAUCCAUUAUGGUAUAGAGCAUUGCAUGCAUACUUUUACCAAACUAAACUAUUUAUUCAUUAAAACCAAUGAUACAUUGAACUAUUUAACUUUCAAUUUCACUAUAAAAAAGUGGUCUAUAUUAAUAUUUAAACUUAUGAAUAUUCGAUAAUGAAUGUUUUUCUUGUAAAGAUAGGUGCCAGGUGUUAGUAAGGUAUUGGGAUUUUUCAGUUAGCGCCGAAUAUCAUUAAGGUAUUUUCAUUUUGAGGUCAGAAGGGACUUUUUGGAAAUUAAAGUAAGUAGAUAAGUAGGAGACGAUUAGUUGUUUUAUUGGAACAUCCCGUGAAAAUGGAAUAGCGCCACCUAUUGUUUGACAUUGACCAUUAUGUCGGUUUCGAACAGCGCCCUCAUGGGAAGAAUAUGUGUCGAGCCCCCCCCCCCCCUGCAAAAAU